AUGGCUUCAAUGGAGCUCGCACUUGCAGCAUUACGUUCAGCGGAUCCUGGAGAAAAGCCUAAUAUUAGUUUGGUUGCAAGAACAUACGGCGUUAGCCAAUCGGGCCUUUAUAAACGUUUUCACGGCGUUACAGGCUCAAAAGAAGAGCAAUACGACAAGCAACGAAUACUCACCACCACGCAAUCAAGAGCGCUUAUAAAAUGGAUAAAUCAACUCACCGAGCGAGGCCUGCCCCCUACAAAUUCAAUGUUAGCGAACUUUGCAAGAGAAAUAUCUGGUAAAGAGCCUGGGAAAAACUGGGCUUCACGCUGGCUCAAGGCUCAUUCGGAUAAGGUGAUUUCUCGCUAUUCAACGGGCCUUGAUUCGGAUAGAAAAAAGGCAGAUUCGGCAUAUAAAUAUGCUUUAUAUUUUGAGCUUAUUGGACGGAAAAUACAGCAAUAUAACCUCGGCCCAGAGCAAAUCUAUAAUAUGGAUGAGAAGGGCUUCAUGCUUGGAGUAAGCACAAAACGGAAAAGAAUCUUUACUCGGCGCAAAUAUGAGCAAGGGGGCUAUAAGCAGCAUCUUCAGGAUGGAAAUCGAGAAUGGAUUACAACAAUUGGUUGUAUCUGUGCCAAUGGAACUGCUUUAGCGCCUAGUCUUAUUUAUAUGGCAAAAUCGGGCUUUAUACAGGUUCUUGGCUUCAGAUUACGAUCCCCAAACACAGAGAUGCUUCUUUGCACCUCAGACAUCUGGUACCUUGCUAAACCACCAACUGUCAAAUGGUUGAUCCGCGCUCUGCCACCUUGCUCAACCACCAACCGUCAACUUGCUCAAUCGUCAACUGUCAACUGCCAACUUGCCCAACCACCAACUGUCAACUUGCCCAACCACCAACUGUCAACCUGCUUAACCACCAACUGUCAACCUGCUUAA